AUGGAAUUUUCAAAUCUUCAGGAAUACGAGCACAACGAAAUCAAAGACCGCAAAUGCCGUGCUGUACAGUGGAGAAAUUCCAAUCAAACUGAUGAGUUGUUGGGAGUUCUUUCAAAUCUGAAAGAUGAAAAUAGCAACGAACGAUGCGAUUUAGCGAGUGAACGAUACGUAGUAGAAGCGGCAAUAGAGUUGAGAAAAUACGAACAUCCCGGAUAUCAGUUGUUCCAAACUUCCUUUAACCAAUUAAUCGAAAGAAAUCCCUGCUCAACUUAUAAAACUUAUAAGAAAAAUGUUCAGGACAUUAGUCCUCAAUGCAGAGGUCUGUCACUUCUCUUGAAUAAUCUAACUGCUUGA